CGCCCGGGCCGCGGCGGCUCCGGCGAGAUGGCGGCCGCGGGGCUGUGCCGGUGCCGGGCGCUGCUGGCCCGCCCUGCCCCGCCUCUGCGGGCGCUGGGCGCCGUGCGGGGCCUCGCCGCGGGGCCGGAGACACACUUCGGUUUCCAGACCGUCAGCGAGGAGGAGAGGAGGGAGAAAAUUUACCAGGUCUUCGAAAGCGUGGCCAAAAAAUAUGAUGUAAUGAACGAUUCAAUGACUCUAGGGAUUCAUCGAGUGUGGAAGGAUAUCCUCGUGCAUAAAAUGAACCCUUCCCCAGGAACACUUCUUCUUGAUGUUGCUGGAGGAACAGGUGACAUUGCCUUUCGCUUCAUUAACUACGUCCGCUCUGCACGAGAGCGCCAGCUCCAGCGGAAGCUCAGACACCAGCAGAAUUUAUCGUGGCAGGAGAUUUCUGAGAGUUACCAGGAAGACAAAUCUAAUUCACUCGGGGAUUCCCAAGUGGUGGUCUGUGACAUUAACAGAGAAAUGCUAAAAGUUGGGAAGCAGAAAGCACAGCGUCUUGGCUACUCUGAAGGUUUGUCCUGGGUGCUUGGAAAUGCUGAAGAGUUGCCCUUUGAUGAUGAUAAGUUUGAUGUUUACACAAUUGCCUUUGGAAUCCGAAAUGUAACUCGUAUUGAUUUGGCACUUCAGGAGGCCCAUCGUGUGCUGAAACCAGGAGGAAGAUUUCUCUGCCUUGAAUUUAGUCAUGUCAGCAACCCCCUUCUUUCCAGGCUCUACGAUCUGUACAGUUUCCAGGUUAUCCCUGUUCUGGGUGAGGUUAUUGCUGGUGACUGGAAGUCUUACCAGUAUCUCGUGGAGAGCAUCCGACGUUUCCCCCCUCAGGAGGAGCUGAAAGCAAUGAUAGAAGAUGCAGGGUUUUUUAAAGUGGAUUAUGAGAAUUUAAACUUGGGCAUUGUUGCCAUUCACUCAGGUUUCAAACUGUGACUCUGCUUUGCAGCAAAGCACAAGAAGUGUGCUUUUCCUGAGGAUAUUUAAACUCCAUCAAGAUCGAAAAGGAGUUUUAAGGACUUGUACAACAGAUACUUAAUCAGCAGUCAGACCCACAACAUCAGCUACCUUUUUCCCCAGAAGAAACCUGUUGAUGCAGUGAUGCCUGUGGCAUUUAUUGUACUUAACACUUGCACUUCUCUUCAAUGUAAAGGAUGGGGCUGAAACAGCCAUGCUCACAAAUGAAGAAACCUCAGUUACCAGAGGUGUAGAUAGACUGACUAGUCUUCAAAGUAGCUGCCUCCUCUCUUUUUUUUUUUUACUAAGCUUUAAGGAGGAUAUCAUACCAGUGAGAAGUAGCUUGGAUUUAUUUAUUUUUAUUAAGCUGAUAAUAUCUAUGUCAUUUGGACUCUAAAGGAUUUUUUUUCCAUUAUUCCUUUACUUCUUUGAAAGGCAAAUGUAAGGCUUGUGAAAGAAAACAGCUCUGCAUCAAUUUUUUCCACUUCAGUCAAUAUUUUAACAUUCAUUAAAAAGAAUCUGCAUAACUA